AUGUACUUUGUGACCUGGCCAUGGAAAGAAGAAAAUCCAGAACUACCGGAAAAUAGACAUCUUGCAUUCUCAAGGUUGAAAUCAAAUGUAGCAAGAAUGAAAAACAAGCCUGAGAUUCUUGAGAAAUACAACACCGUGAUACAGGAACAACUUAGCAAAGGUGUAAUUGAAAAGGUAGAUAACAACACGAAAAAUGGAGUGAUACAUUAUAUUCCACACCAUGCUGUGAUUACUCCACAAAAAACUACAACGAAAUUACGUGUAGUGUAUGAUGCAUCUGCGAAAGUUAGAAAAGAGAACAAAAGUUUGAACGAAUGCUUGUAUCGAGGCCCAGUAAUACUAAGUGAUCUUUGUGGAUUAUUAAUGCGCUUCAGGUUACAUAAAGUGGCAGUGGUUUCAGAUAUAGAGAAGGCCUUUUUACAAAUCGGGCUACAAGAAAACCAGCGGGACGAGACAAGAUUUCUCUGGAUAAGAGACAUAAAACGGCCUUUUGUAAAUAAAGAAAAUGUACAGGAGUACAGAUUUUGUCGUGUUCCAUUUGGUGUUAUUUCCAGUCCUUUUUUGUUGGGAGCAACUAUUGAAAGUCACUUGGAAUCUUAUAACAACAGUAUUGCCAACAAAAUCAAAGAUGACAUCUACGUGGAUAAUGUGAUUACGGGCACUGACACAUGGCAAGAAGCACUUGACUUGUAUAGUGUAAGUAAAAGGAUAUUUAGUGAAGCCUCCAUGAAUUUAAGAGAAUGGGCUUCAAAUAGUUCUGACCUAUUAGAAUCAAUUGCAUCAGAGGACAAAGCAAAACAUUCGGUUAUCAAAAUAUUAGGAAAUACCUGGGACACUAAAAAUGAUACACUUAGUGUAAGUGUACCACAGUCCUUGAGUGAAAUAAACAGCUUAACAAAAAGAAUCAUUUUGAAACAGAUUGCUUCUGUUUUUGAUCCACUGGGGUUAAGUCCAGUUUUGUUAAAAGGAAAAAUUCUCUUGCAAACUAUAUGGAAGAGAAAAUUUGACUGGGACGAUCCACUAGAAGAAAUCGAUAUUCUUGAUACCUGGUCGAGCGUGAAAAAGAACCUAGAAGAGAUAACAGCAUUCUCAUUUUCUCGGUCCAUGGCAGUGUAUACGUGUAGGCAAAAUACUGAGUACACCUUAUUGUGUUUUUGUGAUGCAUCCGCAGACGCCUACGCUACGUCAAUAUAUCUUCAUCAAAAAGGUGAAUCAGACACACAAGUGAAUCUAGUGUUUGCUAAAAGCAGACUGGCUCCUUUAAAAGAAAUAACUAUACCCAGAUUAGAAUUGAUGGCUGUUCUUAUGGGUGUCCGAUGUUUGAAAUUUGUGCGUGAUCAACUGAAGUUAGAUAUUAAAAACAUGUACGUGUGGACGGAUUCUCAGUGUGUUAUUCAGUGGAUUAAAUCAUAUAAAGAUCUGCCCAUAUUCGUGAGAAACAGAGUUAGUGAAAUAAAGGCAGAUGAAAAAAUAAAGUUUGAAUAUAUUUCAGGAGAUCAGAAUCCGGCGGACGUAGCUUCUAGAGGUUGUUCCUUAACAAAACUUAGUGUUUUUGAAUUAUGGUGGAAUGGUCCAUGGUGGCUUCAUGAGCAAGAAAGCACUUGGUUGAAACACAGCGGCAACGUAUGUGAAAGAAAUUCCUGCGCAAAAGAGGAAAUAAAUGAUUCAGAAAAUGUUAUGAUACAAAUUUCUACCCGUGAAAAUAAAAAUUCUUGUGUGUUUUCAUCUCCUUUUGAAAUCGACAGUGAAAAAUAUUCUUCUGUUACAAAAAUGCUAAGAGUGACAGCUUUGGCUCUAAGAUUUAUACAAAAAAUACGCAAGUUACCUUACACAAAUGGAAGCUUGAAAAGUUCUGAAAUGAAAACUGCAGAAGAAAUGUGGUUACUACAUGUUCAAAGAAAACACUUUGCUGAUGAAUUUGAGUCAAUUAGAAGUGCAAAGAAAAACAAUCUGCAACAACAAUUAGGUCUUCAUAUUGAUGAAGUUGGACUACUGCGAUGCAAAGGCAGAUUAGAGAAUGCGGAUAUCAGUGAAAAUGCCAAACAUCCAGUACUUCUGCCAAGAAAAGAUCGUUUGACAUAUCUUUUCAUUGACAAAACACACAAAGAAAUUCUGCAUAGUGGUGUUUCCCAAACGUUAGCAAAAACAAGACAAAGAUUCUGGAUUCCACAUGGUCGAGCAACAAUAAAGUCUGUUCUACAUAUGUGUACAGUGUGUCGACGCUUUGACGGAGGUCCUUAUAAGAUGCCGCCGAUGCCGUCUUUACCUCCAUCUAGAGUGACAGAAUGUAGGCCAUUUUCACGAACAGGUUUAGAUUACUUGGGUCCCAUCUAUGUGAAAUCAAAUGAUACACCAAAGAAAGUGUGGGUUUGUUUAUUCACCUGUCUCGUGACUAGAGCCGUGCAUCUUGAAGUCGUGCUUGAUAUGUCUACUGAAGAAUUUUUAAUGUGCCUGAGACGAUUUAUUUCUCAAAGAGGCACCCCUGUUCAGUUGAUCAGUGAUAAUGGUUCGCAUUUCAAAGCUGCCAGUUCAAUAUUAGAUCGAAUAUGGAACAGAACGCUCCAUAGUGAUGAAGUUCAAACGUAUGCGUCUAACUCCAGAAUCACUUGGAAUUUCAUUACGGAACUUGCUCCGUGGAUGGGAGGCUAUUACGAGAGACUCGUAGGCAUAGUAAAAAAAGUGUUUCGAAAAACGUUAGGCCGAAGACUUUUAACACUUAUUCAGUUGCAAACAUUAGUGAAAGAAGCGGAAGCGGUCGUGAACUCAAGACCUCUUGUCUACGUAGGUGAUGACGUAAAUUCCAGCAUCACAUUAACGCCUAGUCAUUUUUAA